GUAUGUUGGUCACUAUACCUAAUUAAUUUGUUAUAGCGCGCCCGGAUAAUCAAGUUUAUUGUGUAAAGAAAUUUCAUAAAUGGGUUCAAAAGUCAGCAAAGCAAACACUGAUAGAUGUGCAGUGUAGCCGAAGAUAACUAGCUAUCUGAUAUGGAGACCCCCAUGUUAACAGGGACUUUAUUUUAUUGUGUUUUAUUUGUGUUUAUUUCUGGAAUCUCAAGUUUAACCACAUAUAGAUCUUGUUUGGAUGUAAAACACGGUUCUAAUCCUCCGAACACUAAAGAUGGAGACUACCCCCUCCUUAUCAAGAACAAACUCGUCACACCUAUAUAUUGUGCAGACAUGGCCACCUCCAUCCCAAAGGAAUACCUGACCCUGAGGGCGGGUCCUAGCAACAACUACGCCUCGGUCUACGACAACAUUGGAUCGUCUUCUGUGGUAACCGCAUGCUCAGACGCCCGUCCCCGGCAACUGAACCCUGAGCGUGGGCGGACCGAAUACAAGAAGGUCAGGCUGAACGUUGCACAGUUGUCUGUCAGCAUCACAGACCAACGGUUUACCAUUCAAAGGGGACCCAACGCAAUUCCCUAUGCCACGGCCGGGGACCACUUCACAGUCUCCCCUCAGUGUAUCCCCAUGGGAACGUUUAAACUGGACUUAACCGGAUCUCCGUUCGUUGUCUCUCAGGAAACUCAGUGGACGUUGAACGCAUCCUCUCCCCCUGGGAUCUCCCAAAAACAAUCCAUAUUCAUAACAAACUCCACAUACAUCGGGUGUUUCAUGGAUACAGAUGAGCGACUUUUGCCAAGUGCUAACUUCACUGGCGAUUACGUCACUGUGGAAUCGUGUGUCAAGUUCUGUAACAGCAGGGGAUUCCCCUUUGCUGGGAUGCAGAAUUCCAGUCAAUGUUUUUGUGGAGACAGCCACAAUAGAUACCCGAGGGCCGAGUCCGAGGCCGAAUGUAACCUUCCAUGUGUGGGUAAUGCCAAGGAGAAGUGUGGGGGUGUGGGCAGGAUUUCCGUGUAUGACACGGGUUACCCCCAGGCGAUACAGGGUCUUUGUGGGGGCUUUCCUGGGAGAUGUUACCCUGCUUUGAAGGCAAAACCAGACCAGACUAGGCUUCAGCUGACCCUCAUUCCUUCUCAUCCUUGCCUACAACCAUUGAGUCCUUGCAAGAACGAGGGGCAGUGUGAGGCCGAUGGGGGGAGGGGCUACCGAUGUAGAUGUUUUGAAGGGUUCUCAGGCUUCAACUGUGAAGUUCCAAAUAUUAUUUAUCAAGGUUUAGUCUGCUCGCCACAAUACCAGCCGGAGACCUGUGCCUGUGAUCCUGUCUCCCCUUUGCAGUGCUUUGGGGCCAGGUUUAUAGGAGACAUAUGUCAAACUAAAUCUGGCAUAGCAAAGGUUGGUUGCGCUCCCAGUAACUCGUCCCACGUGUCUCUGUUCAAUGUUGACGGCAGUCUUGGCCAGCAGUCAGUAUCCUGUCCCCCCGGGACCAAACUAGUAUGGUGCUCAGUAUGGGACAAUGACAGAGUGAGGCCUUCCUGGGGUGAGGCAGACAAUGUCCGCUACUCUUCGGGACUGUGCGCUCUCCACCAUCAGUGUCUCACGUGCACUCUGCAGGCCAGGUGUAAAAAGUAUGACUGUGGCUGUAAGAAUGGAGGUCGAUGUCACAAAAUCACGGGGGAAUGCAUUUGUAAGGACGGCUACUACGGAACAAAAUGCGAGACGUUUGAUUACUGCAGUUUCUACGAGAAUGAGAUGGGGUACCUGCCGUGUUACGGGGCCGCUCAGUGCCAUGCUGUUCCGGAAAACGGAAUCCGUGCCUAUGGAGGCGACCAAAGGGGAGACCACUGUGUAUUUCCUUUCAGUUACAAAGACCAAAUGUACGGAAAAUGUAUAGAAGAAAAUAUGUCCAGCCCUCCUUUCGCCUGUGGGUCUGUAUUUGAUGGGUCACGUGAGGGGUACAUUGACCUUGGCCUGUGGUCCCCGGGGUACAAGUACACGAUUGCAGCGUGGGUCAGACCUGCAGCAGCGGACAGGACCAGGCGGACCAUUGUUGGGGGUGUGGGAUACUGCCGGGAUUUCGGGAUCUACAAUUUUGAGAACUUCUGGGUGUACUACAGAGGGAGGAACUGGACCUGUACCAAGGGGGUGGACACCACCCUAGCCAUCAGGACGGGGCAGUGGUACCUGGUGGCCAUCAUCAAUAACGGCACCCACGUGACUGGUUACGCUAACAACCACAGUGUCACCGUGGAGGCCACUCCCUAUUUCUUGCCGACUACAGCGAGUUUCUGGAUCGGGGGAGAGGAGUGUUGUCCCACAGGGCGGUUCAAGGGCAUGAUCAAGUCUGUGAAAAUAUGGAACCGAGCUUUGUCGUACCAGGAGAUCAAUAGAAGUAUGAGCACUACUGGGAGCGAGUUCUCUACCGUUGAGGCGCUGACGGGGGGACUUGUGGGCCACUAUGAACUCGGGGAGGACAUCAAACCUCACUGUAUAGGGACUGACCACGGGGGACAGGACUGGAGCCCCCGGCACCAAUCAUCCAUCUCUGGAACUCAUUGCAAUAUUCUGCUGUUUCACAUACCGAGGGACACCAUUGUGUCUGUAACGCCAUACAACAGGACCACAAACACGGGGGGAGUCCUGGUCAUCGACGCCCGCAACAUCAGGAUAGAGGGGACACUGACGGGAAAUGAGGCGGGCUACCCCGGGGGUCAGCCCAACAGCCGGGGGGGACAGCAGGGCGACUCCAUCAAUGGUAAGGGGGUGAUCAGUACUAAGCGCAACAGAGGCGGAGGAGGGGGAGGACUUGACGGAGGUCAGAUGGAUAGUGGCAAAGGUCAGCCUGGAGGAGGGGCGGGGUUCGGCACCACGGGAUCGAUGAUCGGCGUGUAUAGGAACUGGAGCGUAGCUGGAGAAUAUGGACAGGUCUACGGGGACGGGACCAUGAGCAAACUGUUGAUGGGGUCCGGCGGGGGGAGCGGGGGACGUGCCAAAGACACGUCUAACAACCCCCCAGGUGGGGCAGGUGGAAACGGAGGCGGGGCCAUUCGUUUGCAGGCGGAAAUGAACGUCAUCAUUUCCGGCAAAGUCGCAGUGAAUGGUGGUAAUGGAGGAAACACCGUGCGGUGUGUAAGUAAGUGCCGCUCUUCCUGUCAUGCACUAAAUACAAGUUGUCAGGAUAAAAACGUCACAGAGGAAUGCUGGAGCCAAUCAGGAGCCGGCGGUGGAGGGAGUGGGGGCAGCAUUCACAUCAUUGGGAAGGUGGUGAAGCUAGGUCAGUUGUCUGUGACAGCACAGGGAGGAGACGGGGGGAUCGGAGUUAAAAAAUACUGUGGUGGCUUUGGAGGCCUGGGUCGCGUUCGGGUGGAGGCUGAAAUCUUACACGGAACCCCAACAUCGGAACAAGCUGCAGUCACAACUGUGCUUAAAGAGAGGACGUUCAUCGAUCACAGUCUACCGGGGAGAAGUAAAAUCAAUGUGAAGAGCACUCGGUUUGGAGAUGAGGUUUACCGUGGUUGUUUUGAGGAUACGCCAGCUGAUCAGCUGUUUUCUUUUAAAAUGUCUACGGAAGUGUACAACUUACAACACAUGACACCUGAAUGGUGCAUCAGAUUGUGCAGAAGUGAAGGGCAUCGAUUUUCAGGAACAAAACCACCAAAUCUGUGUUUCUGUGACAACCACCUCGAUAUGAGCAAGAAGAAGGAUGACGCACAAUGUAACAGUCCGUGCGCCGGUAACAGUAUGAUGACCUGUGGGGGUACAGACAGGAUCCAAGUCUUUGGUCCUCCCCCUGGUACUCCUGCUAUUGUUCACGCAGGCGUACAGCAAAAGUGUGAACCUUGGUGUAUAACCGGUACACAAUCGCCACAAUCUUGGGGACAAUGCGACAGUCGAGAAACAACAACGACUUCCUAUAGAAUCCAUUGCCAAUGUCCGUCAGGGUUCCACGGGCCCCAGUGUAACCAGCAUUGUACACCGGGUACCUACGGACCAGACUGCAAGUUCAACUGUCCUUGUAACAUGACAACAACUGCCUUUUGUGAUAAAGAUACGGGGGCGUGCACCUGUUUGAUGGGAUACCAAGGGAGACAAUGUCAGGAUCCCUGUCCCCCGGGGAAGUAUGGUGUAGGCUGCAAAUUGGACUGUGAAUGUUCCAGUCACACAGAAUGUGACAAUAAAAUAGGAGCCUGCUAUUGCAAAAACGGGUUUACCGGACCAACGUGUGACAGACCCUGCCCCCAGGGAUUCUUUGGUCGGAACUGUUCAGAGUCGUGCCGGUGCACAGAGCAUGGAAGCUGUAACCCGGUGGAUGGAGUCUGUCAAUGUGACCCAGGCUGGACCGAAGAGCUUUGUGGUGUACCCUGUGACCGCUACACCUUUGGAGUGGACUGUACCCUGUCAUGUGACUGCAAUAAUUCACCAUGUGAUUCAGUUACGGGGGAGUGCAAUUGUAAAGCCGGAAAAACGGGAUCCAAAUGUCAAGAGGACUGUCCGUACCAGAGAUAUGGUGAGGGGUGUCUCCAGUUCUGUGGCUGCCCACAGGGCUGUGACCCUGUCACGGGGGAUUGUACAUGUCCCCCGGGCUUCUUCGGGAUACACUGUGAAUUCCCGUGUACUAAUGGAGCAUACGGGAAGAACUGCCAGUCUCGGUGUCAGUGUGUCAUGAACCAGACAGCGUCAUGUGGCAACAGGUAUGGCUUCUGCACCUGUAAGGAUGGGUUUGUUGGUUCACGGUGUGAACAUCCCUGUCCCAUUGGAUUCUAUGGCGCGAGCUGUAACAAGACCUGUCCAUUGUGUCAACACAGCGCCCCAUGUAACCCCACCAGCGGGAAUUGUAUUUGUCCUCCAGGAUGGUCAGGGCAAAACUGUGAAGUCCCAUGUCCCAGUGGUUUCUAUGGCCCGAACUGUGGCCAGAGAUGUCCUAUAUGUAACCCUGGAGUAUGUGACCCGACCACUGGGCGAUGUAUAUGUCAGGAUAAAACCAGUCCUUGUAAAUGUCCCUCUGGUUACCAUGGCGAUUCCUGUCAGAACACGUGCCAGUGUGUGCACGGUUACUGCGGACUCAAUGGGUCCUGUGUUUGUGACAAAGGAUGGAAAGGGACUUUGUGCAAUACUCCAUGUCUCAACCCAGACGCUUCUGGCUCACCUGGAGGUGAUAUAACGACCCUAUCCUGUACACCAGCAUGUCCGAACUGUAUUCAUGGUCGAUGUCAUUUCAACGAGGAUGUCUGUUUAUGCGACGCUGGCUUCUAUGGACGAAACUGUGACCAGAAUUGUAAGGCUUUGGAGUAUGGACCAGAUUGUAUAUACCAGUGUGACCAGUGUGUCCAUAGCAACUCGUGUGACUCUAUCACUGGCCAGUGUCACUGCUUGCCCGGGUACUCAGGGGAUUUCUGCACGCAGCCAUGUCCUAAUGGUUUCUAUGGCAAUCAAUGUCAACAGGUUUGCCGGUGUUUAAAUGGAGGAGACUGUGAUACGAUUAAUGGAACCUGUAUUUGUCCCGCGGGGUUCAUGGGAGCGGACUGUUCACAGAAAUGUCCCUUAGGGAAAUAUGGAUCAGCCUGCUCCCUCAAUUGCACGUGUGGAGCUUUUUCCAAAGGAUGCAACGCCCUUACCGGAAAAUGCAUCUGUCUUCCUGGAUAUGCUGGUGACGAGUGUCAGAAGUCCUGUCCCAGCCUGGCCUAUGGGGCGAACUGUGAGCGGUCGUGUCGGGACGUCUGUGAUGUACGCGGGAUGCUGAACUGUAACCCUGUCAACGGCAGCUGCGAGUGCAGACCCGGGUACACCGGACCAAGAUGUGAUCAAAAUUGCCCCAGUGGUACAUGGGGAAUUUCUUGCUCUCAGACAUGUCUGUGUGGUUCCAAUGGAGACUGUGACCGAGAGACUGGGGUCUGUGUAUGUGACCCUGGGUACAAUGGAACCUACUGUAAUCAAGUGUGUGGAGAGGGGUACUGGGGAAGUCAGUGUAUCAGUGUUUGUAACUGUGGGGGAGCGACCUGUAACCCUGUCACAGGGGUCUGUAUGUGUCCCCCAGGGAAAAUAGGGCACCACUGCGAACAAGAAUGCGGAGAAGCCUACUUUGGUUUUCAAUGCGCCCAGGUUUGCGGCUGUCAGCACGGAGGUGUGUGUAAUAAGGUGAGCGGGGAGUGCCAAUGUCCGCCGGGCUGGAGCGGCAACCUGUGCGAGAAAAGUUGUCCCGAAGGAACAUACGGUGCCGGAUGUAGCAGUCAGUGCCCCGGAUGUAGGAAUGAUGGGGUGUGUGACAGUGUGACCGGACAGUGCAAGUGUACCCCGGGGUUCAUAGGCGAUAUCUGCGAUCAGAGUUGUACCUCUGGAUCGUGGGGAGUGAAUUGCCAGAGUGACUGUCCCUCUACGUGUAGACAGAGUUGCCUACCAAAUAAUGGUCACUGUCCAUGCCUGGCGGGGGCGUGUUUGAACGGCGGAACUUGUCAUCAGGGAAGGUGUAUCUGCAAGCCUGGGUUUUUCGGUGACGACUGUUCACAGACACUUUAUGGUACUCCUGCAGCACAGAAAUCCACGAAUGAAGCCCCAGCGGCUGUGACCUUGACAGCAGGAGAAGUGGCCGGUGUUGUAGUGUGUAUACUGGUUCUCAUUGUAUUGGUUGCCAUGCUCACCAUCUUUAUUAUGAGAAGAAAAUAUAGAAAUCGUGGUAACAGUGUCACAAUGAAUUUCAGCCGAUCUCUACAGCAUGACGAUGACAACGGUCUCCAUGGUUUCUCUAAUCCUCAUUACGAUCACCCGAAAUCUGAUAACGAGGCUGCAUCCUCAGUGGACCGGAAGUCAAGUGACACACCCUCUGUAGAAGGAACAGCCGCGUGAAUGAAGCUAGAAACCAGAAAUAUCUCUUCAUCAAAUUCAAUCUUCAAUCUCUCUUACAAGGAGUCAAAUUGGCAUUGUUGAAACAUCAGUAUAGUAAGCAUGGCAAUAAUGUGUGAUAACAAUACUUCAGUAGUAAUAUUUAAAGAUUCUACCCAUUUUCUCAUAGAAAAUGAUUGUUACAUAUCCUGCUUAUGAGUAAUUGAUCAAUUCAUUCAUUGUACAUUUUGUGCCAAAACCAUAAGAUGGAUUAGAAUGUUUGUGCUUGUAUAAGUUUUGAAGUAUGAUUGAAAGUAUAUAUGCAGUGAUUUUUAUAAUUUUUUUCCGUCGUCAAAAUAUUUUUUUCCGUUGUCAAAUUACUAGUAUCUUGCUCAAAAAAGAUAUUUAAAACAACUCCAGUUAUUACACUGAAUUAACGUAACUAAUAUGCAGUCACCUUACAAGGUUUGUAGCAAAUGUUUUCCUGUUCAUCCAGAGAUAAGUCAAAUAGACGCACAUGUAUUUUUUUCCAUAAUGAGAAUUUAAUAUGCUGUUCAUUUGCUUGAUAUAAUUAUAGGAUUGUUUGAGUCAUUGGGUAUUUACAUGCAUCAUUACUUAACGAUAAAUACUGCACGCAAAUUUGGUGAAGAAUACUUGACUGACUUGACGUGAAUGUGUGAAAACAAAGUGAACAACUUUGAGAGGGAAUAGAUAAGUUUUUGCUAGAUAGUAGACAACGAAUUUACUUUGCUUAAAGUAAAGAAACAGUAGAUUUUGGUAUCUUUAGGUUAAAUCAUGGUCCUGUCUGUGUGUUUCAUAGGAAGUCUCGAUAGACAUCGCUGUCUGUUUGCUGAAUGUAAACAUGCUAGAAUGUAAAUGAGAAUUUUCUGUCUACUUGCUUCGUAUUAAUUACAGAUAGUCUUUGUGUGUCUGUUCCAUACUAGAUAUAGAUAGAUUGAAGUGUACCUGACUAAUGGUAUAGAUAGUCUUUUAAGUUCAUCUGUAACGUAGUAAAUAAGUAUGUAUUUUCCAUAAUAGAUAGUUAUGCCUGUGUCAUUAUAAAUGAAGAUGUUUGUUCCGUAAUUAAUGUCAAUGUAUUUUCUUGUCUGUCUGACUAGUAUAGUUAUAUACUUUGCCACAUUUCUGCAUGUAACAAUCGGAUAUUACGUAUUCCAGUGAACAACACUACUGUAGAACAAAAUAUUUAUGUAUUACAAUACCCUUCUCGUCAAUGUAUAUCUACUUUGUGCUUACAUAAUGUCUACCCCUUGUUAUCACUGUAUAUAUUUAGUCUACAUAAUGUCUACACCAUGUCUCUAUUUAAUCAAUUUUGUCCAACAAAUUUCCUUAUAAUGACAUAAUAAUCACUGUUUAUUGUAUGUCUCCUUUGUUUAUAUUAUGUUGUAGUUUAUUUUGAUGGCAAUAACAUUAUUCAGCUACUAAUUGGUAUCACUGUCUUUUCGUUCAUAAAUUUAAUACAAGAAGUUGCAUUUUAUAAAAUGAUAAUUAAAUGUAUACUAUAACGUGUUCAAGUCUGUGUUACAAUGAAUGGAAUUUAAGCAAUAGUAAAAUAAACCAUGUAACAUUGUUGUUCAUUAAUCAGUUAAGCUUUUGUGAAGAAAUCGUCUACUUUAUACUUGCUUCUUUAUACUAUCAGACAACAUUAAAUGAACGUACAUUAA